UUUCCUUAUAAUUAUAUUUUUAAAUCCCUCUUUUUCUUCCCACUAUCUUCCUUUUAGUUAGUGCUUUUAAUUAUUUCUUUUGGGUGUUUUAAUCAUUGCUUUCAGCUGAGUUUUUGAUUUUCCUUGUUGGAGCUUCAAGCAAUGGAUCCGGUUACAUCGCAUGGUGGUUUGUCUCUUCAGCCGCCGUUUAACAUAAGAGAUUUCAAUCUUCACCACCAUCAGCAGCAGCAGCAGCAGAAACAGGAACAUCAUCAGUUCCAUCACCAGAACUCGGAAGAAGACGAACAAAGCGGCAGCAGCAGCGGCGUAAAGAAACGGGAUCGCGAAGACGACGGCAGCGGCGGCGGUGUAGCUGAAGGCAAAGAGCUCGGCAGCAUCCAUGAAGGUGAAGGCGAGAUGAGUAGAAGGCCACGAGGCAGGCCUGCUGGAUCCAAGAACAAGCCUAAGCCGCCCAUCAUCAUCACUCGAGACAGCGCCAACGCUCUACACACCCACGUGAUGGAGAUCGGCGAUGGAUGCGACAUCGUCGAUAGCGUCACCGCGUUCGCCAGGCAGCGCCAGAGAGGGGUUUGCAUCAUGAGUGGGACGGGGAACGUUACUAACGUUACGCUUAGGCAACCAGCCUCGGCUGGUGCAAUUGUGAGCUUACACGGGCGUUUCGAGAUAUUAUCGUUGUCGGGUUCGUUCUUGCCUCCUCCGGCACCGCCUUCGGCCACGGGGCUAUCCAUAUACUUAUCCGGCGGACAAGGACAGGUCGUAGGUGGCAGUGUUGUUGGAACUCUAACCUGUUCAGGACCUGUUGUGAUUAUGGCAGCUUCUUUUAGUAACGCGGCUUAUGAGCGGCUUCCAUUGGAAGAAGAAGAACCGCCGCAUCUACCGAUGCAAAGCGGUCCGAUCGAAUCGUCGUUGGAUGCAGUCGGCGGCCAACAACAACAAGUGGCGCCCGAGUCAAAUGCGCCAUUUUUUCAUGGACUCCAACAAAAUCUUCUAAAUUCCAUUCAGUUACCAAAUGAAGCAUUUUGGGCCAGUGGUGAUCAUCCUCCAUUCUAGUUGCCCGUGUUAAUCUCAACGUUCUAUUUUUACUCAACCACUUGUCAUGGGGCUAGACUGCUGCUAGCAAGGUCGUGCGGCCUUAGACGUUUUCAAGGUCGAAAAUCGGCUAAGUAACCCGAACCUUCACUAAGCAAGAAAGCUUAGAGCGUUGGAAAACUCAAAGGAAAUGGAGGGAAACAAAGAGAUGGGCGUGCUAAAGGAAGAAGUGAGAAUUGAGAGUGAAUACUAGUUUGUUUGUUUGCUUCGGUGUAGGUUGGCCUGAAUUCGUUAGUGUUUUGCUGCUUGUUCAAAUCGUAUUUGGCUUUUAUAGCUUCUGUUUUUUUAUUGCUGCUGCAUGUUCAACUGGUUUAGGCCUAUGCUCCCCUCUGCCUUCUUUGCAAAUAGGGAGCUGUGCAUUAUCUUUGCGUUGGUUUUGCUAGAAUC